AUUCUACCACUCUUCAUGCUACAACUACUUCACUACCAACUUCCAAACCAAAACACCACACAAAGGCUUCAAACAGAUGAAGCCUGCACCACCAGCAGCAGCACCACCUUCCUCCUCCGUCCUCCUCCGGAAGACGCGUCUCUCUCCCUUUUUCUUCGCUUUACUAGCCUUCAUCUUCUUUGUUACCAUCCUUUAUGGUGAAGAUUUCAGCUGUAUCUUUGGUCAACUUGAUUUUGAUCAACCUAGACACUUGCACCAAUCCAUUUCAGCCAAGAAGAAAAGCGAGAAGUUACCUUUUGCCAUUGGUGAGACGGAAAGAGGCUGCGAUAUUUUUAAUGGGAGGUGGGUAUGGGAUAAGGAGAGUCGGCCGCUUUACGAGGAAGACGAGUGUCCGUAUAUUCAGCCGCAGCUAACAUGUCAAGAACAUGGCAGACCGGACAAGGAUUAUCAGCACUGGAGAUGGCAGCCUAAUGGCUGUUCCCUUCCAAGUUUCAAUGCUACAUUGAUGCUUGAAACUCUUCGAGGAAAAAGAAUGAUGUUCAUUGGUGAUUCUCUAAAUCGGGGCCAGUUUGUUUCCAUGGUCUGUCUUCUUCACAGAUCCAUUCCUAAACAUGCCAAAUCCAUGAAGACUUUUGGUUCUUUCAAUGUUUUUACAGCCAAGGAAUACAACGCUACCAUUGAGUUCUAUUGGGCACCAUUUCUACUCGAAUCAAACUCGGAUGAUGCUGUCGUUCACAGAAUAAGUGAUAGAAUUGUUCGAAAAGGUUCGAUCAAUAAGCAUGGUAAACACUGGAAAGGAGCAGAUAUAAUUGUGUUCAACACUUAUUUAUGGUGGAUGACAGGCCAACAGUUCAAGAUACUGCAUGGAUCUUUUGAUGAUGAAGAGAAAGAAAUAGUGGAGUUGCCAACAGAAGAUGCUUAUCGUAUGGCAAUGAAAAUAAUGUUGAGAUGGGUUAAGAAAAAUAUGGAACGUAACAAAACAAGAGUCUUUUUCACCAGUAUGUCACCUUCCCAUGAAAAGAGCAUUGAUUGGGGUGGUGAUCCGCAUGGCAACUGUUACAAUGAAACAACCUUAAUAGAAGAUGAAGAAUAUUGGGGAUCAGACUGUCGAAAGGGCGUAAUGCGUGUAAUAGGCGAAGUUUUCAGCAAAACAAAAGUUCCCAUUACAUUUCUCAACAUCACAAAGCUCUCAAGUUAUCGAAGAGAUGCACACACAUCAAUUUACAAGAAGCAGUGGAACCCUUUAACCCCUGAACAAUUGGCUAAUCCAGCGAGUUAUGCCGACUGUGUACACUGGUGUUUACCUGGCUUGCAAGAUACUUGGAAUGAGCUUUUAUUUGCUAAGCUUUUCUAUCCCUGAAAGUUCAUUACAUGGAAUUUUGAUUAUUUUUUUCUGUCAAAAAAUGUAAAAUGUUUUUCAUAGUUCAAUGUAUUGCAUUCCUUCAGUAUAUAAAUUCAAUACAAAAUAUUUCAGCCAA